AUGUCCAUCGAUGAGCAGAUGCUUCCCUAUUUUGGUCGUCACUCGGGGAAGAUGUACAUGCAUGGGAAACCUGUCAAAUUUGGUUACAAAUUAUGGAUAGUUGCAUCUCACACAGGAUACCCUUUCCAUAUGAUGCUGUACUCGGGCAAGGAGAAAGACAAGUCGCCAGGCGAUUUACUUGGGACGAGAGUAAUCUUUGAGCUUUUACAUCCAAUCAGGGAGCCACUGAGUCACACAGUAACUUUCGACAACUUUUUCACAAGUUACGAUGUUCUUGUUAAACUCCAAGAAAAGGGGUUUGCUGCUCUGGGAACUGUCAGGCAUAACCGUCUGCGUGGUUCUCCUUUGCCCAUUGCAACUGAUGUUAAAUAG